GGGGCCCAGCGGCGGGCCGCCCUGGCCCGGCGCGAGGAGGUCGACCUGGUGCUGCUGGGCAAGCAGGCCAUCGAUGACGACUGCAACCAGACGGGGCAGAUGACGGCCGCUCUCCUGGACUGGCCUCAGGGCACGUUCGCAUCGGCGCUGACACUGGAGCCGGAUGGGCAGUGGCUGCGGGUGGAGCGGGAGGUGGACGGGGGCCUGGAGACGCUGCGGCUGCGUCUGCCCGCGGUGGUGACGGCCGACCUACGCCUCAACGAGCCGCGCUACGCCACGCUGCCCAACAUCAUGGUGCGCCUG